UAACCCGGAUUAAUUCGAGUGGUUCUUUGGCCCAUCGUAUCAUAUUUGAUGCUAACGUAAUCCCGUUACUCAUUCCAUUCUUUCUGUUUUUAACAUAAACAAGGAAAGAAAAUAAAACAAGCUACACCCGUCCAACAAGCUGCUAGUCACGUGACUCGCACUCCACAAAAUUUGCAAGCCAAGGGGUCCACGUGUUAAGCCAUGAAUGAUGGGAACGAAUUAAUAUAGAGAACUACACCAAAGCUUCGAUUUUGUUUUUGUUUGCGCUACAGUCAGGCAAAAAGGGGGGAGUUAGGCGUGAAAUAAGAAUCCCUUACAUGACGUCACGUCAGUUAUGAUGGAACGGUUGCAGUAAACAGCUAUUAUGCAGCAAGCGGCAUUCGCAAUGUGGUCCUACUUGAUUGAAAAGUUUACCUAUCUCACAACAGUGCAGGUUGGGUUACAUAGAGUCGCCAUAAUCCUGGAGUAACACAUCUGCCGUUCCAUAUACCAAUCUUGUUUGUAUCCCUCAUCAAAGAAGAAUUUCCUCUGAUGUUAAACCAUUAAAAAAUUCGAUUAUCAAUCGCGAUUAACCCACGCAUUUAAGCAAUUCAACUAACCUAAUUAAGGAGCAUCUGAAGAACCAGUAAACCUUCAAAGUAAGCUCUUAACCUUUUCCUACCAGUGGCGCAUUAUCCUAUGGGCCAAAAGGGCAAUUGUCUGUGGCCUCACCAACAUGGAGCCCUAAACCAAUCUUUUAUAAAAAAAAAAAAAAAAAAAAAAAGUAUUUCGCCCAAAAAAUUCCUUUAAAGAAAAAUGUUCGAAGGCAACACUAUUGUACAGUACGUGAGGGCCCCUAAUUCAAAUUUUCCAGGGGUCCAUGAAUCUCUAAUAAGCCAACGUCUUCUGCUUAUUGCCACUAAAGAAAAUAAGUUUAACGAUGAAAUAUUAAUGAAAAUUAAUUGAAUUUUUUGCGCAAAUAUGCACGAUUCUCCUCAUUGCAAUGGAUCUUUAAAACUUUUAGAGACUUGUAGAGGCAUAAUAGAAGCAAAACUGCUGACCUGUUAAAGAAUAAUAACAACGAUCGGCCCCACUUAGCAUGUGGCAACUGCAUUUUAAUUAUGCAAGAGGUGGCUUCAAUAGUAAAACCAUCUGCAGACAGCCCAAAGGAUCGAAUUACAACAUCGCGCACUCCGAACCAAGAAAGGUUGGAACAUUUUCAAUACACAAAAUGUCAUAUUUUAUAGUAUGACAAGGAACCAUUAAUUCUGGAAGCGAGGGUGGCCGGUCCCGACUUCCGGAACUUUGGUUUGGGGAAAGAAGAGGGAACAAAGUUGAAGGCGUUGGCGGCGUUUAACAAAUCAACCGUCUUUUCAGCGAUUGAAAAAUGUACAAUUCCUCUUUUGUGGGAGGAAGGAAGAAGGAAAAAAAACCGCUCGCGUGCGUGCUGUCAGGUGUGGAAUGUGGCACGGUUUAAAGCCAGGUGGUGAAGUUCGAUGACGUCGUCGCACGCAUGCGUAUAUACUCGAUAUCUGCGUCACUCAGCAACGUAUAGAAAGUGAAUUUUUUUAGAAUAAGUGGCUAUAAAUUUCGUCUGUCCGUUUGUCUGUCCGUAUACAUUCGAUGAAUAUUUAAAGACAGAAACAAAUUUUUUGAAAUAAAUCCAAGAAAAAAAGGUACUAAAUUGGCGAAAUUAAGGAUAUAAUUUUGGUUAUUUUUAAGCAAAUAACUUAAUUAAAAUAUUAAAGUAGGGUGCGCAUUUUUUUCGAUAUAACAGUACAAUUCUAUAUUUAAAAAAUUAAAAAAAAAGGGAGUUACAAUUUUUUGGGGUAAACAAAUUUGUUUAUCAGAUAUCCCUGACCGGGUUAGAUCAUUGCAAAGAUAAUCAAAACGAACAAUGAAAGUCGAAAAUCCCAGCCCCAUAUCGUGUCCGUGAACAGACUGACCUCAUUGAAUCGUUUAUUUACCACAGGAGGAGGUCUUCAGCUUUCAUUACUUCAGCAGGAACGGGAGGGGGGAAGAAAAAGAAAGAAAAAAACUUUAUCUACUAAUUAAAAUCUAACUAAACAGAAAAUGCGUUACAUAAAACUGGCCACAGAAUAUACUUUAAAACACGUGUUUUAAUUCGUCAUCCCUCAUCAGUUACAUACCCCUUUAUUAAAUAGUAAAUCGAGAUUUCCCCUUGUGUUAAGAAGAGGUGGGAGUUAUUUAAAAUAGGGAUUACAGUCCUUUAAUAAGCCGAAAAUUUGGGAUUAAUACGGAAAGAGAUGAGGAUUUGAUAUCCUCCCACGCAUUCGACUAGUUAGUCUGUGGGAAGAGGAAGUAGCCAAUAAGACCAAAUGUUGUAAGUCGUCCAUUGGUCGACGGUCGGAAGUGGGCGGAUGAUUGUCGUUCGGCAACACACGUUCGAGGGUGUGCACUAUUUAGUGAUGUUACUUUCAUCUAGAUAUCGUGGCUGCUAUUAAUCUACACUCCUGGAGGCACGAUGUGUGCCACUUUUGGAUAAAAUCCAACAUCCCACUUAUUAAAGAUUCGUUGUAUAAAGGAGCUUGGAGGCCUUCCUCACCUCAUCAGAAUCCAGGUUAUCAUGGGAAUAAUGUUACUAGAAUGACAAAGCCUAAUUUAGAGACUCAUCCCCACAUUAGGAGCAUUCAAGAUUCUUAUCAGAUGUUUGGUUCCUCCAGCGGUAGGAUUACAUCUUCUACAGGUAGCGGACAGAUACAAUUGUGGCAAUUUCUCUUGGAGCUACUAUCCGACGCUAGUAACUCCAACUGCAUUACUUGGGAGGGUUCGAACGGAGAAUUUAAGCUAACUGAUCCGGAUGAAGUAGCGAGAAGAUGGGGAGAGAGGAAAAGCAAGCCAAAUAUGAAUUACGAUAAGCUUAGCCGAGCUCUCAGGUAUUAUUACGAGAAGAACAUCAUGACAAAGGUACACGGCAAGAGAUACGCCUACAAGUUCGACUUCCAGGGAUUAGCGCAGGUCACUCAGCCAACCAUCACCGAUGCGGCCUACAAGUACAGCCCGGAUUUAUUCGGAUACCACUCGAAUGCCGGUCCCAAAUUGAAUUUCGGAAUGGCUCAGCAUUCCAGCAUGCCAACCAGCGCCGGUACCAUAUUCCCAUCUGCAGCAGCUACUUACUGGUCGGCUACGUCACCCAAUCUCUACGGGAAUAUCACGGUGUCGUCCUCCAUAUCUCAUCACCACAGUCACGUGACAUCGCACAUCGCGCCGUAUCCUCAUUACGCCUGACUUCCGGCGUGAUUAUUAAUGAAAUGUGCCAAAAAGAAUUUGUUUUUUUUUUUAAAUUCCGGUCCUUCCAUUGCUCAACGUUAUUUUCCUAUGUUUCACAUUCCAAUUUUAUAAUUUGUUUCUUAUUAAUUUAUAUAUAUAUACAUAUCUAUAUAUUUAACGCUAUUCUUUCGAAUAUAAUCGUUCUUAAUGCCAAAAAUAUCAGGGAAUUUGAAAAAAAAUAAGCAAUAUUAAUACCAGAUCUCAAAUUUACUGUACAAUAUAUACAUACACAUAUAUAUUUUUUCUGUUUUGUGUUAUAUUCUAGUCAUAAUCUCCAUCUUAAGAUGGCCCUUAUUAAGAAAAAUAAAAAGGAAAAUAUUGUUUUUCUGUACAUAGAAAGUCAUAUGUAACUUCUCUUGAGAAAUAAAUUUGAUAUUCAUUAAAUAAAUAUUAUAAAAA